UAAAUGUCAGGAUUAUUUAAAAAUUAUUCUAAGUUUGUGAGUGCCUCAGUAUUUGCAAGUGCUAACAAACUAAUAAUAAACCCAGCAAGAUGGACCUUUAAUUCUGCAAACCUCUUUUACAAUCCUUCUUAUAGAUAUACUGGAUUACCAUAGGGUAUUAGAAAUAAUUUUGAUAUUAGGACAUGAAUUAACAGCAUUCUCAUUAGCUCAAAUAGCAAGUGCAUUAACUUAUGAAGCUUAACAAUUUAAUACUGUAGAUGCUUUGAAGGAUGAAGCAUAAUUGAAUUAUCAAUUUUCAGCUCAAUGUGCUAGAGAGGCAAUAACCUUUAUUCAAAAUAACAAAUGGGGAUAAGAAGUGGAGACAAGCGCUCAAUUAUUGUAUGUGAUUUAAAAUAAUGCCUUAUUAAAAGAUGUGAACAAAGACAUCUUAUUGUCAAACUUAACUAAAAAUGCUAAGUAUUUAUCCACUUAGAACAUUGUGGAUGUAGUCGUUAGUUUGUAAGACCAUAAGGAUGCUGGAUUUUGGUCAUAAUUUUUCAGUGGCAUCAAGAGUAAGGAAUUUGCUUGGGAAUUGCAGCCAAUUGAUUAUCAUGGUUGGGAUACUGUGUAAUUCGAUUAUUUGGAUCAAGUUAAACACUCAUUCAAAUUAAGCAAUACAUGGGCUGUAUUGACUGCUUAAGACUCCCAAUUGAAACGAUUUGUUCUUGAAGGAGUGCUUUUCGGAUAUACAAACUUGUGGCUUCCUGUUCUUUACAGAGAAAAGAGAAUCAAAUAUGUGUUUGAUGAUAGGUUGGUUGAUAGAAGUGCAUUUAAAAAUGCCUUAAAGAAGAUCAAUGAAGUCCAUAAUGUACAAGAAUUCCUUGCAAGAGCUUGAUCCAUCAUAAAUAAAAAU